CAUCACAGUAGCACUUAUUACCAAGGACGUCCUAGUCUUUGCCUGCGUCAACAUCUUUCUUCAUUCGUCCUCCUCAGGUGCUAUCAACAUCACUCGAUCCUCUACCACACCAACUCCCUUUGAACCUAACUUGAUUUCGCUGAGUGCCUUCAUAGACAAAAUCGCCAUACCUCGAUCGCCAUACCUCACUCACUCCCUUGUCGUCUUCAUUCACUCCAAUUCAACACGAACUCAUGCCUCGACAAUCACCACCCCAAUAACCUCUGCAUCGUCGGACUGUCCUCUCUCUGCCAUGCGCCGGACAAUUCUGGCUACCCUCGUGGCAAGCAUAUGCUCGGUUCGGUGCCUCGCCCAAGAUUAUUCACCGUUCGCCGAUCCCUUAUUUGGCCUCUCCAACCAUAACCUUCUGAUCAAACGACAAAAUAACUGCCAGUCGGGCUAUAAUUCAUGCGCCAAUCUCGACGAAGCUGAUGUAUGCUGUCCCUCCAACACAAACUGCGCUCGCGACCAGGCUGGGAACAUCGCUUGCUGUCCCACCGGGGCAUUUUGCACAGGCACCAUCCGGGGCACUGGCUCCGCAUCCGCCACAAGCAGUGGAGGAUUCGUCCUCGGAGGGACCACAUCGACUACCACAUCGAGUCCUUCUCCAACGAGUAAUCCCGGCGUCGAAGGAGGCGGCUCAACUGUGCCCAACAACUUCUUCCCCUUUAUCUACAUUCCUACCUCAUACGCCAAUGCCGACUUGUGCACGAGUGCUUUCUCGAGCUGUCAAACUGCGUCCACAUCUUGUUUCGUCUCCUUGGCCGGCCAGAACGGAGUCACUGUUUCUGGAUUCGGCGGAGGCAUCACGGUAGAAGGCGCCUCAGGGACCGUCAUCAGUUCGGCCAGCAGCAUUUGCAGCUCCUUGAGCCAGGAAGGCUGCUAUGGUCUGCAAGAGACCCAAUGCGCUAAUUUUGGGACUGGGGGUUCUCCCACAGCGACGCAGACGACAGGAUUUGUGCAGGUGGGCAACUCUGGUCCCAGACAGACAGCAUGUCCCGGUAUGGUGUAUGCUGCCGGAGCAGGGGUCGUUGUCGGUGCCGUGGGAGGGUUACUGUGACGAGCAUCGACUCUAGUCAGGACCAAGCCCCUGAAGAAAAUGUGCCACACCAAUGGCCUCCCCUUCUGCCAGGCAUAUGUGCUUGGAGCGUUCUGGGAGAUUGAACAUACAGCCUUGUUGAUGAUGACAUGAAUGAAUCCACGGGCAGAUCGAAAAGGCCGCAAUACUUGGCGAUGCAGUUUGAUUUUGAAUACCUCGUAUUGUAACUGCUACUCGAAAUUCCGGUCACCUGUCGAUGAACUCCUCAAAUACCUUAGAUAUGUAAUUAGACCCAAUACUCACGACUUUCAAGCCUCA